AUGGAGAUAUCUCCGUUCAGCUUCGCUCCGGAGAGAUACUGGACGGAGGAGAAAGAGAGGGCGCUCAUAGCAUUCUUCUCCAAGCACAGCUGUCUGUGGAACCACAAGUCAGAGAGUUAUAAGAACCGACAGCUGCGAUGGAAAACCCUGGAACGCCUGAGGAUACUUCUGUCAGCUCACCCUCCGCCCGUUCCCUUCACAGCGGAAGACAUCAAGAACAAGUUCAAGAACCUUCGUACCACCUUCCAGCGUCAGUACAAAAUGGUGAAGGCGAGCAAGGUGUGCGGCUCCAACGACGUGUUCGUGCCGCAGUGGAAACACUACCAGCAGCUCAUGUUCCUGCAGGGCUGCUGGGACCUGGACGACGGCGCAGACGUCCAGCCGCUGUCGCCUCCCAUUAUUCAGCAGGAGGAGAGCCGGCCUGUCUUACCGUCCCCGGGACUGAUCAUCUCCUUCCUCCCCACCCCAUCCACCUCCUCGCCUUCCUCCACGUCCCCCUGCAUCCCCUCCAACAUGAUGGUGAAAUGUUACUGGACUGACGAGAGGGAGCGCGAACUGAUAGCUUUUUACUCCGAGCACAGCUGUCUGUGGAACAAGAAGUCUGAAAACCACAACAACCGUCAGCUGAGGAUGAAGCUGCUGGAGACUCUGAAGAGCCAGCUGUCUGACCAAUCAGUGUCUUUCUCAGUUGAAGAUAUAAAGUGCAAGUUCAAGAACCUCCGGACCGUUUUUAACCGUGAAUACAAGGCGGUGCAGGCGAGCCGGGCGUCCGACAAACUCUACGUGUCCAAAUGGAAACACUACCAGCAGCUGCUCUUCCUCUGCGAGUGCUGCGACGAAGACGACGGCUCAGACGACCUGCUCAUACUGAUCCCGCCUGAAGACAAAGAUCCCGAACACGGAAACCAAACGCCCUCGUCCACCCUGAGCAGCUUCUCCUCCAGCUCCACCCAAACCAACAGCGUGAAGUUCAGCAAAACCUCCGCUCCCUCCGCCUCCAGUCAGAGCGACGCCAAAACCAACGCCGGCGCCGCCUACCAAAUCUUCCUCACCGGCUCUCCGGAUAAUCUCAAACUAUUGAGUCAGACCGCUGCUUCCUCAACGCUCCCCGUCUCUCCAUCCAGUUCUCCGCUGGAUACCAAACCUUGCACGAACCCGUCCCCUCUGACGUUCUCCGUGCUCGGCCCGGUUCUGACGGAGAGCAGACUGAUCGGUGACGCCCGCUGCCACUGGAACGAAGCCAAAGUUCAGCAGCUCAUAUCCUUUUACUCUGAGCACAGCUGUCUGUGGAACCACAAGUCAGAGAGUUACAGGAACAGACUGCUGAGACAGAGUCUGCUGGAGACACUGAGCACCCUGCUGUCCAACAACGAGCCCGUCCCAUUCACAGUGGAAGACAUAAAGACAAAGUUCAGAAACCUGCGGACCAUCUUCCAGCGUGAACACAAGGCGGUGAGCGCCAACAAAACGUGCGGCUCAGAAGACUUCUACCUCCCCAAGUGGAAACACUACCGCGAGCUCAUGUUCCUCUGCGACUCCUGCGACGAGGACGACCAGCCCGAAGAGCUCCACUUCCCCCAACCGCGGGACUCCAACCUCCCCCACCUGGAGAGCCAAGCCCCAUCCUCCUCCCUACACUACCAAACCUGCCCCUCCACCACCUACCAAACCACCACCGUCACAUCGCAGAGGCUGGAUGCCCCGCCCUCACCUACCCCACCAGACUCCCAGCUCUCCUCCUCCUCCUCUUCCUCCCCGCCCUCCACGUCCUCCUCCCGCGACGACGGCAGGUUGCGAAAGCGAGCGAGGCGCCGGCCGCCGCACGCCACCGGCGAGGUGCUGGACUUCAUGAGGACGUUCUGUCAGAGUCACACGGUGUCGCCGCACGCCGGGUUCCUCAAGUACGUGGAGGAGUGUCUGAAUGAGACGCCGCCCGAUAAAGUGAAGAAACUGAAGAAGAAGAUCAUUGACACAAUCCACAGCGUGUCAGAGGAGGUGUGAGGAGAGUUUGAAUGAUAAAGCUUGUCCAUUUUCGUUUAAAGCUACAGUUACAGGCUAGUUUAUAUCAUGUAGCUUGAAGAGUAACACCUGUCUUAUUUUACUCACUGAUGGGUGGAGGUUAGAAAUGUGCUUUUUGUUGUACUUUUAACCACACCCAACUGUGAUGUCCUUACUUGGGGCGUUGCACACUACUCGGAUUUAAUGCCUCAUUGAGAGUGAGUCCUUUUUUC